CAAUGAAUCGGUUUACGGCAACAUGGCCUCGACAAGUGAGUCUGUCGGUUCUGACCGUCAGACUGAACCUGUACCAUGAAACCGGGGAAGCACAACACAACACGGUAACGGAGGACUCGUGAAGAAGAUGUGUUUUCGGGGACUUUCUGCCUCGUUGUGCCGCAACGCAGCAAGCGUUCGGUGUCUGGUGUCCGCGCGGUGUGCGGACGUGUGUUGGCUCGAGCCUGCAUCAUGGCGGCGGAGACACACAUCUAUCAAGGUGUGUGCGAGGUUGAAAACGUCUCGGGUGAGCAGCUCGUGCCUCUUCAGGUUCAAAGGGAUAGACAGCCGCGUCGCGUGCUGGAGUGCGACCCUCCAACAGGUGACACCGGCCGCUUGGCACGAACAGGGACCCGUAGCUCUGUUCCCUGGAGGUCACGGGAGGUCGGCGACUAGUUUCCGGUCUCUUCUGCCCCUCAGAGUUCGUGGACUUUGUAGCGGAAAGACAAAAGAAACACAGGACAACUCCCCGGUAGAGGGGGGGACUGAAGGCGGUGCCGAACCGGGACACGGACCGGUAGAGGGGGGGACUGAAGGCGGUGCCGAACCGGGACAAGGACUGUUUAAGUUCAAAGAGCUGUAUGAAAACCCAUGGACCAUCCCCAACCUGUUGUGUAUGUGUCGGAUUGUGCUUGCUCCAGUCCUGGGUCACCUGGUCAUCCAGCAGCACUUUCACCUCAGCCUGGCUCUGUUUACUAUCGCUGGAGCUACUGAUCUGUUGGAUGGUUACAUUGCAAGAACGUGGCCCACUCAGAAGUCGGCGCUGGGCAGUGCACUCGACCCACUGGCUGAUAAAAUUCUCAUCAGUAUUUUAUACAUCAGUCUCACCUAUGCUGAACUUAUACCAGCUCCACUGACGGCCCUGGUGAUUUUCAGAGACAUCGGUUUGAUAGCUGCUGUGUUUUGGGUCAGAUACAAGACUGUUCCUCCACCGGUGACACUUAAUAAGUUUUUUAACCCCUACUACACCACAGCACAGCUCAAGCCCACACUCUUCAGCAAGGUGAACACAGCGAUCCAGCUCUUUUUGGUCGCUGCUUCUCUGGCUGCUCCAGUCUUCCAGUAUACAGACAGUGUCCUGUUGCAGUGCUUAUGGUAUGUUACCGCGGUGACAACAGCAGCAUCAGGCUAUAGCUACUGGCACUAUGGCCGCAAGACUGUCCAGGUGCUGAACACCAAAUCACCAUGAGUGACACAGCAGGAAGCACCAAGAGGGCAGAACAAAGGCAGCAAACAGCCACUGAUUAGCUGUGGAAGAAGUUGGACAGACAGACGGACAAUCUCCAGGAGCACUGAAACCAAGUGGCUGUGACAGCCAUUUAUGGGUUGUCAUGGCAAUGACACGUGGAAGCCAAACAAGGCCGCAGAUGGUUGAUUCCAACACUACAGAAAUGCCUAACAGCACCUCUGCCACUGGACUGGCUGCGGACAGGACACACGCAGACAACCAGGAAUAGCAAACACCGAUAUGGACCAUCCACCCACACACACGUUUCAAGUAUGUGUCAGAUGAUACGACAAGAGCUGCUGCUUUUCUUUAUUUCAGGUUUUUAGUCAAAAGGUGUUGUCAGUCUAAUCAUUGUUAGAUAAUUGUCACUUUUGUAAAGCAAUGAAUUAUGAUUAAAAUUGAAA